AUGAUGGUUGAUGUGAACAUUUCAGUGAAGGUACUGCAAGCAUCAUUCCUGUCGGCUGAUGGCUUAGUGAUACACGACUAUGGACUGAGUGAUAUCGGUGUCGCGACGCUGCAUCGAUUACUCGUUAUCAUCGAGUCUGCUAAACCAGAAAUCACGUAUGUUCCGGUAUGUUUCAAGCAGAGCAUCUGCAUGUUUAUUUAUAAAAGUGACGAUUACAAGGCACUGGCAUUGUCAAUGAGUUGUUUCUAUGAACAGAAUAUAAGCGCAGCGUACAGUAUGAUGAAACGUCGAGUGGGUAGUUCGGAGGAGACUGUACUGGUGCGAGCGGUACGUGAUUGGCCGUCGUGGCUAUUCCAUCAUCUGCCGUUCGAUUAUGCGGUGCGAGUUGUGGAUUGCUUCGUGGUCGAGGGACAUAAGAUGCUGCUUCGUGUUGCGCUUGCGAUCAUUUACAUAUGGUCCAAAAAGAGUAAACGACAUGUUCGGGGUGAUAAAAAAUCAGUUGGUGGUAUGCAUCGAGUGCAUUCACCUCCACCGACGUUAUACACCAGUCCGUUCACAUCGCAGAUAGUCAGCAUGGAAAUUGCCACUGAAAUAAUGGCCGCAUUGCCGAAUCGUUUUCAACUGGAAACACCAAAAUUGCUCUUUCGUCUUUCGGAUGAUGGAUCCAGUUUUACUCAGCUCUGGACUAAAAUCGAUGACGCAGAACAAACACUGUUGGGGAUUCAAACGUCGACAGGCGAAGUGUUUGGUGCGUACUGUAGUGCGAGUUGGUCGGAACGAAAAGACGCUCAUGAACGCACACGAUCACGUUACUUUGGUACCGGCGAGUCGUUCCUUUGGAAGGUGGACAACAAAACGAAUAAACUCACCAUCUAUCCUUGGGCUGGUAGUCAGAGCGGACAGCGGCUCAUCGAGAAUUGUCCUCAGAUGUUCAUGGCUGCCGAUGAGAAAUGCAUUGUUGUUGGCAGUGGCGGUGGUGAUGCGAUCGCGAUAAGGGAUGAACUCUUCAAAGGGAUCAGCUCGCCGUGUGCCACAUUCGCGAGUCCCGCGUUAGCUGAUGACCGUGAAUUUAUCAUUUCACAACUUGAAGUGUUCGACGUUCGAAGUGGACCAACUUGA